GCCGCCUGCGGAGACCUGUGUGCGGCGGGAAAUGCGGGCUGCGCCUCGCAGGACAGACCACCACCGAAGACUCGGCCGCCAGUCACACCGACGGUCCGGCCGAACCAUGCAGACACGACCCGCUAAUGAGACAAUGGAAAUUCACUAAAACUGUGAUCAUCGCUUCGCGAUGUUUGUGAGUCAAACCGUGAUGCUGUGUGCCUUACACCUACAUGCUGGAUGUCAGAGAUAUCUCAGUGAAACUGGAAGGAAAAAAAAAUAAAGAAAAGGAGAGUCCUCCAUGAAAUAAGUGGAGACAUGGCCUAGGAGAAGACUCCUUCCGUUGUCCACAAAGACGUGGGUUUUGACAUCUGUAGACGUGGAAUUCCAUCCAGUCACACAUGUGGUGUGGAACGCAGUGGAAUUCAAGGGAGAGGUCUGGGCUGGGGUGGAGACGUGGGAACUUUAGGCUGAGCAGAGCCGGGGAGAGGAUGACGUGGUGUGGGGAGAGGAGAGAGAGAGGGAAUAAAAUAAAUGUUCAUUACAAUUUUUAAAUGAAAAAAAGGUUAUUAAUAAUCACCUCCUUCACAUGAAUUUUGGAGGAUGCAGCUCCAUCCAUAACGGAAGGUCUGGGAUGGGGGCCUGAGAUCCUGCGUUUCUACAAAGCCCCCCAGGGGACGCCCGUGCUGCUGGUCUGCGGACCACGCCAAGCAGUGAGGCCCGUAGAGGCAGAUUCUCUACUGCUGAACCACUGGGUUAAGGCCCGUCAUUCUGGAAACGUCUGCUGUGGCCCAUUUGAAGCAUCCCGUGGGAGCAGGUUAGAAAUGCAGGUUCGCAGGCCCACCCAGAUUUAACGGCGUGGAAACUCCAGGGCAUUCAUGCACGGUUCAGCCACGUGUCUCUCAUCCCCACUGUUCCCUUCCCGCCUUCACCUCAGCGAUGUCCGAUUGCCCAGGUCACCACAUUCUCUACGUGGGUGGCGUCUCCAGCCAUGGAGGACCUGGAAACGAGGAUGCAGAGACCUGGUUUCCUGUGAAGUCGACUCUGAGCGUGGGACCGUGGCACGCACGCCUGCUGGGGCUCGGUGGGCCCCAGCCCGUCCCGGAAGGCCUCAGCUCUCCGCACGGGGGUGUUUCACUGUCUGUCUGCAGCAGCUCCAUAUGCAAGGACCUGCCUUGUGUUCAUCCUUCAAAACGUUCCCAGCAUCUGGUGCAAAGUGUCAUAGAGCCUUGGUUUGCGUAUCUCAGAUAUGGGUUCCGUCCCCAUGCGUGUGGUCGUCUCUCAGCCAAGAUGGAUUCCGGUGACGAGGCCUAUGGGUCCACUGAGUCGGUGAUGCCGUCCAACCACCUCAUCCUCUGCUGUCCCCUUCUCUUCCUGCUUUCAGUCUUCCCCAGCAUCAGGACCAGGCAAGUCCCCAAAGACACAAUUUAUUUAACACACAUUGAUACACAGUCCUCAGCCCCGCAGACUGAAGUCUCAAGCCCAUGCUUCCUCUCUGGACCUCCCAGUCGGGCCAGUUUCGGGGUCCCCUAUUCCAGUGUCCACAUUCCCUCUUCAAGCCCCUGGGUGAUGGAAGCAGGCUCAGGUAGUUGCCAUGGAAACCAGUGCUCCCGUGAGCUGCAAAAUGAUUUCUGAAAUUAAGUGUAAAAGCCAGGUCUGAACGACUGCGAGUGAAAGUGCUAUUAUUUGUUGUUAGAAAAAAAAAAAAAGAAGAAGAAUUGAGGCUAGAAAUAAAUGCACAUUCUCAAAGAAUAUAGAAGGACACACAAGAAAACUGUUCACUGGGAAGGGUGGGAAGAGACAGAAGAAACAGUGACCAGCGUGGGAGGUGCGUUUGUUUCUGCUUUAUCGUUUCUCUCCUGCUCUCAUGCAAGCGAUCACCUUUCCUAAAAUUAAAAAUGAACACGAGCGUCUAGAAAGUUGUAGCCACUGAUACAAAGUUCUGAGUCCAGUCUUUCAGCUUGCACCAAAAUUACAUCAGUGAAAGGUAGAUGAUAUGAUUACUAAAUAACAAACAACAAAAACAACAGCAAAGUGCUUCUCUUUGGGAAAAAUAAGCCCAGGACUGACUUUAAUAAACCUAAUAGAAAUACCCAUAUUUCUGUAAGCCAUGUUGGAAGAAACGAUGAACUGUCAAGGGAGGGAGGCUCCCGAGAGAGGUGAUUAUACAUGUAGUUACGGCUGCUUCCGCUGCUGUUUGGCAGAAACCAACCCAAUGUUGUAAAGCACUUUUCCUCCAAUUAAAAAAUAAGUAAGCAAAAGAGUUAAAUUGUCAGUAAAGAAGAAAGUAAGUAUCUCAAGUGAAUA